AUGCCAGCGGAUGAGGCCCUCUUGGCCUAUGAUCACCAUGAUACAACUACUAAGGUGAAAUUGCCAAAACAGACGGUGUUCCUGACGGUCCCUCUGGGGGCCACAAUGUACAUUGAUGACCUGGUCCUCCAUCAUCACGACUCGGAAAUCGAGAUCAUGAAUGCCUUUUUGGGUCAUAACGUAAGCGUCGACCUCUCCCUUCUGCAACAACUUGCAGCUGAAGGGACACAAAUGGUUAAGUUCAUCCUCAACUCCACUGGACGGAACUCCCAACAAGGCCCGUCUUACAACAUUCGGCUAGCACAUCCGGACCGGUGGAAAAGGGCGUGCCAGACGGACCCACCAACAACAACUUGCUCAAUUGGAACACAGCUUUCAAUGAAGACUCUACAACCUCAUUUCAUUAGUACAGGCACACAGACAAAUUUUCCCUCCAAUGAUGUUGGUGUUGGCACAGCAGCUGCUCUGCCGUUUUUGACAACACCAAUAAAGAGACGACGCACAGAACUGGAGGUGGGAGAGGAAGAGGAGCCUGCAGAAGGCAGUUCUGUUGCCAUCAAGGUGCCACAUGAUUCCACAUAUGACCCUGUGGACACCUUGAACGAGUCUGCUGAUGUGAGAAAGGAGUCUUCUGUUCCUGUUCAUAAGACUCCCACUUACAUUGUGUAUGAGGACUGCCUAAUGGAGCGGUUUCAGAUGUGCCCUGUGUGUAAGCGGAACUAUGACGUGCGGUCAAGAAGGCUAGACACGUUCCUCUCUGUGGAACAGCAGUGUCUGCAUUGCGAGUUCUCCAGAAAGUGGAAUACCCAGCCUCUUGUUGGUAGCACUCCUGCUGGGAACCUGCAGCUGUCCACUGCAGUGUAUACCACUAGUGCGUCUUUCUUCAAGAUUGAAAAGGUAUUAUAUUUGGACAUAUUUAGGAAUAAAUGUAACGGCAUACAGCAUAUGUUGUCGUUGAUUUAA